AUGAAUGUAGAUAAUAUUGAUGAGGGGGUAUUGAAUGAUGUGGAAUUUGAUGUCACAAAACUUUCAACUGAUCCUGGUCUAAGGAUACUCAUUUCGGAUUACAAUGCUAACAUCCGAGAUGAAGUUCGAAGAGCAUAUAUGUUAAAGGGUCUUUGUCAGCCCCAAGAUCAUGACUUUCCAAAACGACAAUUUGGAGUAACAAUUAGACGAUUCAAUCCUUCGUGGUUUAAAGAGUUCAGUAGUUGGUUUGAGUACAGCGUAGAGAAGGAUGCUGCUUAUUAUUUGUAUUGUUAUCUUUUCAGAACAAGUUCUGGAAAGCAAGGUGGCGGUGAGUCUUUUGUUGGCGAAGUUCUUUUGCGACAAGGGCACUCAUUUCGAGGUCAUGAUGAAUCUGAGGAUUCUCUCAAUCCAGGUAAACUCUUAGUGCAAUUGCAAUUUUUGGCUACUCAAAAUGAAGCUAUUCAUGCCGUCACUUUGGGAAACGCUCCUCACAAUUGCAAAUUGACAUCACUUGAUGUUCAAAAGGAUAUAGUAAAUGCUUGUGCUAUUGAAACGAUCAAUGUAUUAUCAAAGAUAUAUAACUUGAGCAUGUCUAGAUUGAGAAGACAAGGUUAUGAUGGAGUAAGUAAUAUGCAAGGUAAGUUUAAUGGUCUGAAAACACUAAUUUUGAAUGAGAGUCCAUGUGCUUUUUACAUUCACUGUUUUGCUCAUCAACUCCAACUUGCGCUUGUGGUUGUGGUAAAGAAGAACAUCCCUAUUACUAACUUCUUUCGUGUGGUUGGGGACGUGAUAAAUACUGUUGGAGCAUCUUCCAAACGUUGUGAACUUCUUCGAGAAAAACAAUUAGACUUUAUUGUUGAGGCAUUGGAAAAAUGUGAGAUUUUAAGUGGACGGGGACUUAAUCAAGAAACGACCCUUCAGCGCUCUGAUGUACUUGCAAUGAUUGUUGAAGAUGAAUCUUGUUCUUGUGAUCAAAGAUCUGAUGCAACAAAUUUAUUGGAGUUGAUACAAAAAUUUGAUUUUGCAUUUAAUCUACAGUUGAUGAGAAGUGUCUUGGGGAUGUCAAAUGAACUGUCAAAGGCAUUGCAAAGGAAAGAUCAAGAUAUUGUGAAUGCAAUGCAAUUGGUGAAAUUGUGCAAACGACGACUCCAAAUAAUGAGAGACGAAGGAUGGGACUCCUUUUUGAAAGAAGUAUUUUUGUUCUAUUCUGUCAUCGAUUUACAAAUUCAAGAAUUGAAUGAUCAUUUCUCGGAGGUAAAUACAGAGUUACUCCUUUGUGUAGCUUGUUUAUGUCCACAAGAUUCAUUUUCUUCUUUUGACAAGAAAAGCUUGAUUAGACUUGGUGAGCUUUAUCCAUUAGAUUUCUCUGCAGUAGAUGUCAUUGUACUUAACGAUCAACUUGAGACUUAUAUUUUUGACAUGAGUUCUAACAAUGAGUUUGAAGGGUUGAAUGACCUUGGUGAUCUUGCGAAGAAGUUAGUUCUGACAAAGAAAGAUAGGUUAUAUUCAUUGGUUUACAGACUUUUGACUUUGACAUUGAUUUUAACGGUUGCUACUGCUACUAUGGAAAGAGUCUUUUCUGCAAUGAGUAUUGUAAAUGAUAGAUUGCGCAAUCGAAUGGGUGAUCAGUGGAUAAAUGAUAGCACAAUUACACUUAAUGUUGUCUAA